CGCUGGAGCCUGCCUUACUCGCGGCCCGCAGCUGUCCGGCUACUUUGUGUUUGGCCGGGCCAGCGCCCCGGCGCGCCGCGCCGUUGCCUGCAGGCUAGGACUUCGCGAGGUGGGUCGACUCCCCCUCCCUCCUCCUCUUCUUCCUCCUCUUCCUCCUCCUCUCGUUCCUCCUCCUCCUCCUUCCGAUUUUCCCUCUUCGGCUGGCGAGGGUGGGGGGGACGGGGGAGGCCGGGGCUCGCCCCGAGCAGCCACGAUGCUCCUGGACGCCGGCCCCCAGUACCCAGCGAUCGGCGUGACCACCUUCGGCGCGUCCCGCCACCACUCCGCGGGCGACGUGGCCGAGCGAGACGUGGGCCUGGGCAUCAACCCGUUCGCCGAUGGCAUGGGCGCCUUCAAGCUCAACCCCAGUUCUCAUGAGCUGGCUUCGGCCGGCCAGACGGCCUUCACGUCGCAGGCGCCGGGCUACGCGGCAGCUGCGGCCCUGGGCCAUCACCAUCACCCCAGCCACGUCGGCUCCUAUUCCAGCGCAGCCUUCAACUCCACGCGGGACUUUCUGUUCCGCAACCGGGGUUUUGGCGACGCGGCGGCGGCAGCCAGCGCACAGCACAGCCUCUUCGCUGCAUCGGCCGGGGGCUUCGGGGGCCCACACGGCCACACGGACGCCGCGGGCCACCUCCUCUUCCCUGGGCUUCACGAGCAGGCUGCCGGCCACGCGUCGCCUAACGUGGUCAACGGGCAGAUGAGGCUCGGCUUCUCGGGGGACAUGUACCCACGACCCGAGCAGUACGGCCAGGUGACCAGCCCGCGUUCCGAGCACUAUGCUGCGCCGCAGCUGCACGGCUACGGGCCCAUGAACGUGAACAUGGCCGCGCAUCACGGCGCCGGCGCCUUCUUCCGCUAUAUGCGCCAACCCAUCAAGCAAGAGCUCAUCUGCAAGUGGAUCGAGCCCGAGCAACUGGCCAACCCCAAAAAGUCGUGCAACAAAACUUUCAGCACCAUGCACGAGCUAGUCACGCACGUCACCGUGGAGCACGUAGGUGGCCCGGAGCAGAGUAACCACAUCUGCUUUUGGGAGGAGUGUCCGCGCGAGGGCAAGCCCUUCAAAGCUAAAUACAAACUGGUUAACCACAUCCGCGUGCACACGGGCGAGAAGCCCUUCCCCUGCCCCUUCCCUGGCUGUGGCAAGGUCUUCGCGCGCUCCGAGAACUUAAAGAUCCACAAAAGGACGCACACAGGGGAGAAGCCCUUCAAGUGCGAGUUUGAGGGCUGUGACCGGCGCUUCGCUAACAGCAGCGACCGCAAGAAGCACAUGCACGUGCACACGAGCGACAAGCCCUAUCUUUGCAAGAUGUGCGACAAGUCCUACACGCACCCCAGUUCGCUGCGCAAACACAUGAAGGUCCACGAAUCCUCCUCGCAGGGCUCGCAGCCUUCGCCGGCCGCCAGCUCAGGUUACGAGUCCUCCACGCCUCCCACCAUCGUGUCUCCCUCCACAGACAACCCGACCACCAGCUCCUUAUCGCCCUCCUCCUCCGCGGUCCACCACACAGCUGGCCACAGCGCACUCUCUUCCAAUUUUAACGAAUGGUACGUUUAAAAUCAGAAACAAAACACAGAACAAAACCCUAUUUAAGAGACUGAUCACACACGUAUACACGACAUUACUGAAAGAACCCUGAGAAUCGAAACAGCCCCACAGACCCCGCAAUUCUUUUUUAAAAAUCUGCCAAUAGACCCAGGACGAGUAAGAGAGGAAGCAUCAAUCUUUUAAAUAUUUCCUUUCGCUUUUAGAAUUUUUCUUUUUUUGGCAAAGGCUUGGUACCCAAGGUGCGGUAGGGGGUCGAGGGGGAGGAGGCCGCCUGACCAAAUGCCGCCAACCC